AUGAGAGUGUCAGAAGAGUGCAUGUUUCGAGGGUGUACAUCAGGAGAAUGCAUCAAAUUAGGGUGUCAACGGAGUGCAUCAGAAAAAUGUGAUAGAAUCCAGACAUCAGACAUCAUACUUCAGACAUUAGACUUCAGACAUCAUACUUCAGACAUCAGACUUCAGACAUCAGACUCCAGACAUCAGACUUCAGACAUCAGACUUCAGACAUCAGACUUCAGACAUCAUACUUCAGACAUCAUACUUCAGACAUCAUACUUCAGACAUCAGACUCCAGACAUCAUACUUCAGACAUCAUACUUCAGACAUCAGACUUCAGACAUCAUACUUCAGACAUCAGACUCCAGACAUCAUACUUCAGACAUCAUACUUCAGACAUCAGACUUCAGACAUCAUACUUAUCAGACAUCAAACAUCAGACAUCAGACAUCAAACACUACUCACAGUCAAUCUUAA